CAACAAUAGCAUCACUUGAUUUACCGGCGACUUGGAGGCAGUUCGAAACGACACUCCAAGACGAUGGAGCCCUAUCACCGGCCGCCAGUCAACCUUCUUCCGGUGCCGGACUGCCCCCGAUUCUUCGUGAUGAGGUAGGUAUAUCAAGGCGAGCUUCCUCAAGCUUAUCAAGACCCAUGUAUCACGUAGAAUCUCCCAUCCAUCUCAGACAUAUUCGCAGCCAAGAUGGCCGUCGAUACACUCCCCCCACCGGUCCAGCCUAAAAGCGUGAAGUUCGCUAUUGAUCGAGGUGGCACCUUCACUGACGUCUUUGCUGCUGUGCCGGGUCGGGAAGACAUAGUCCUCAAACUAUUAUCCGUUGACCCCGGUAGUUACGAUGAUGCACCAGCAGAAGGAAUUCGCCGAGUGCUUGAGAUUGUCUCCGGCCAGCCUGUUCCACGAGGUGCUCCGAUACCCAAGGACUUAAUUCACUCUAUUCGAAUGGGAACGACAGUCGCUACAAAUGCGCUGUUGGAAAGGAAAGGAACAAGGCAUGCAUUUGUGGUCAAUCAGGGGUUUGGCGACUUAUUAGAGAUCGGCUACCAGUCGAGGCCAAAGCUAUUUGACCUUGACAUCAGGAAACCGGAACUACUCUACGACAAGGUGGUCGAAGUGUCUGAACGCAUCACAGUCGAAGAGUUUGACGAAGAUGUUACGAAAGAUAGCCGUCCGCCGCUUCAAGAAAUCCCUGGUGUCCUUGUAAAAGGCAUCACCGGUGAAAUUCUGCGCAUCAUCCGUCCCCUAGACGAGACAGAAGUACGGGGAAAGCUAUAUCAGCUUAGAGAAGACGGGAUUGAUACGCUUGCUAUAUGUUUAGCGCAUUCAUACAUUUAUCCGUUCCACGAACAGAGGAUCGCGGAAAUCGCUAGGGAAAUGGGAUUUACACACGUCUCGACGUCUUCUUCAGUUGGCGCGAACAUGAUCAAAAUGAUCUCGCGAGGCAGUUCUGCCUCCGCUGAUGCGUAUCUCACGCCAGAGAUCACCCGUUACGUGUCGGGCUUCGCAAAGGUUUUCGCUGACGGCAAUCUAGACGGCGUCUCAUGCGAAUUCAUGCAAUCCGAUGGUGGAUUAGUCAGCCAUAAGAACUUUAAUGGCCUAAGGGGUAUUCUCAGUGGCCCCGCCGGAGGUGUCGUCGGGCACGCUAGAACUUCCUACGACGGGACUUCUCCUAUCGUCGGCUUCGACAUGGGUGGCACGAGUACAGAUGUCUCGCGAUACGGAGGGGCCUUUGACCACGUAUUCGAGACAACAACGGCGGGAGUUUCUAUACAGUCUCCGCAGCUGGAUAUCAAUACAGUAGCUGCCGGAGGUGGCUCCAUGCUUUUCUUUAGGGAUGGGUUAUUCGUCGUCGGACCGGACAGUGCUGGAGCUCAUCCCGGACCUGCUUCUUAUAGGAAAGGAGGCCCACUAACAGUUACAGACGCAAACUUGUUUCUUGGACGAUUAAUUCCAGAAUAUUUCCCUAAGAUCUUCGGCCCUAGUGAAGAUCUUCCUCUCGACACGGAUAUCGUGGUGCAGAAGUUCGAGGAGCUCGCUGCGCGGAUAAAUGCUGAGACUGGGCGCUCGAUGACUCCACUUGAGGUUGCUCAUGGCUUCAUCGAUGUAGCUAAUGAGUCCAUGGGUCGUCCUAUUCGCGCACUUACCGAGGCUCGCGGGUAUGAGGCUGCGCAACACAACCUUGCGACCUUCGGCGGCGCUGGUGGCCAGCACGCUUGCGAAAUCGGGAAGAAGCUGGGUAUCAAGAGAAUAGUGAUCCACAAAUACUCUAGUAUCCUUUCAGCUUACGGCAUGGCUCUAGCGGAAGUUGUGCAGGAAGCCCAGGAACCGAGCUCUGAGAUUCUAUCCGAAGAGUCUCUAGUUCGACUGAUGGCCCGGAUGCAAGACCUCAAAGCAAAAGCUACCCAGAGUCUCCUUGCGCAGGGAAUUGCAGAGGAAUUCAUCGAACACGAACAGUAUCUUAACCUUAGAUACCAAGGCACCGAUACUAAUUUCAUGAUCCUUUCUCCGGCUGAUGGCGAUUGGAGAUCAUCGCUUGAGAAGGAGCAUCUCAGGGAGUUGUCAUUCGUCUUUCCCAGUGACAAGAAGGUUCAUGUUGAUAAUGUGCGAGUUCGUGGAGUCGGUAGGAGCACAGAAGUUAGCCACGAUAACUCGAAACUUGUGAAGGAACUCAAGUCUCACGCCGGCUUGGAAGUUCAGGGUGGAGAGGAUAAAAUCACGCAAGCAUACUUCGCAGCUGGCGGCCUACAACCGACCAAAGUCUUUCGACUUAAUAAGCUAGCCCCUGGCAGCGUCGUGUCUGGCCCGGCGAUAAUAAUCGACAAUACCCAAACUAUAGUGAUCGUACCGGGAUCCCAGGCACGAAUUCUAUCUUCGCACGUUGUUAUCGAUGUGGUUGACGAGAAACCCCAGCAGUCUGAAGAGGAACAUGAGCUCGUAGUGGACCCAAUCAAACUUAGCAUCUUCGGUCAUCGAUUCAUGAGUAUCGCAGAGCAGAUGGGUAGGACUCUACAGAAGACAAGUAUAUCUAUCAACAUCAAGGAGCGUCUGGACUUCUCCUGUGCCAUCUUUAGCCCCGAUGGCGACCUGGUGGCGAAUGCGCCUCAUGUUCCCGUCCACCUUGGCUCGAUGUCGUAUGCUGUCAAGUAUCAACACAUCCUCCACCAGGGGAAAUUGCGCCCUGGCGAUGUAUUGGUUUCGAACUCGCCAACUUGCGGAGGCACUCACUUACCAGAUAUCACCGUCAUCACCCCCGUGUUUGAUACGGAUGGGAAGACAAUUUGCUUUUACACAGCAUCAAGAGGUCACCACCUGGACAUAGGUGGCUAUCGUGGUAACUCCAUGCCCCCUGACUCCACUGAGCUGUGGCAAGAAGGCGCCAUUAUCGAAUCCUUCUUUCUCGUUCGCGACAACCAUUUCGAUGAGGAGGGUAUUGUCAAGAUUCUCCUCGAACCCGGGAAAUACCCCGAAUGCAGUGGCUCUAGACGGUUGAAUGAUAAUUUAUCCGAUUUGAAGGCCCAAAUUGCAGCAAACACCAAAGGCAGUAAUCUCAUCAAAGCCCUGAUGGAGGAAUAUUCCAAGCACAUCGUCCAUUUCUACAUGAAGAAGAUCCAAGAGAACGCCGAGGUUUCCGUUCGUGGGUAUUUGAAAUCUGCUUACAAGAAAUACGGAUCGAAACCGCUUAAGGCAAAGCAAUUCUUAGAUAACGGCUCCAUGAUGACCGUCUCGAUUACCAUAGACGAAAGCGGCUUCGGUACAUUCGACUUCACUGGGACAACUUGCGAAAUGCUCUCGAACAUGAACGCUCCUCCAGCCAUUACAUAUUCAGCGCUGAUUUACACGCUGAGAUUAUUAAUCGGCUCAGACAUUCCCCUGAAUCAAGGUUGCCUAGCGCCGACGAAAGUUAUCCUUCCCAAGAACUGCUUCUUGAACCCCUCAUCCGGACCGGCCGUCUGCUGCGGCAACACCCUAACCUCUCAACGCCUAGUCGAUCUCCUUCUUGAUGCUUUCAAAGCCUCGGCCGGGUCCCAGGGCUGCAUGAACUGCUUCGGCUUCUUCGGCAACUGCAAGGACGACUCGGGCUCACCCCAAACCGGGUUCGGCUUCGGGUACGGCGAGACGAUCUGCGGCGGCAGCGGGGCGGGGCCGACGUGGCACGGCGCGAGCGCGGUCCAGGUCCACAUGACCAACACGCGGACGACGGACAUCGAGAUCAUCGAGAAGCGGUACCCGGUGCUCGUCAACGAGUUCUCGAUCCGCAAGGGCAGCGGCGGGCGCGGCCGGUUCAGGGGGGGCGACGGCAUCGUCAGGGAUUGGCUGUGCCGAUACCCGCUCACGUACGGCCUCAUCACCGAGCGCCGCGUCCACCGGCCCUACGGCCUGAUGGGCGGCGAGCCCGGCGCGUGCGGUGCUAAUUACUGGGUCCAGAGGCUGCCGGACGGCGGCGAGAGAUGGGUUAAUAUCGGUUCGCGCGGCCAGAUUAAUAUGAAGGAGGGGGAUCGGUGUGUUAUUCAUACUCCUGGUGGCGGUGGCUGGGGUAUGCCGGAUGAUGAUGGUGAUGAUGAGGAGGUUGGCGGAGUGACGAAUGGGGUCAAUGGGACUAAGGUCGCGUAUCCGCGAGCCGCUGGUAGUUUGCACGCGUAUUCGGCUGCUCAGGAGGCGUCGUCUUAAGGUUUACGGCUGAAGGGAUGGUGCCCUGGGCUUAAAGGGGUACGUUUAAGUUUUAGGACAUCGAUAGGUACCUAUGUGGAGAAGGUCGUUGGAUUCAUAGAGCGUUGUAUAUUGAGUACUUCUUGAUACAUAUUCAUGCUAGGUAGUAAGACAAUCUAGGCACAAGUAUACCUAUGGAGCACCGUCUGUUUCCUACGAAAACAUCGUCUACUCAGACGAUCCGUUCUCCCACAAACUC